CAGAGCGAAUAUAGAUAUAUUUUUAACGUAGUAUAAAUACGCUAGGGUUUUAAUCCUUACUCUUCUCUCUCAGCUGUGGAAAGAAGCCCUAGUCGUCCCCCAUUUGGUGUUGCCCCUGCAACUUUCGUUUCUUCUUUGCUUUACAAUGGUGCGCGUGAGUGUUCUGAAUGAUGCUCUUAAAAGCAUGUACAAUGCUGAGAAACGGGGGAAGCGCCAGGUCAUGAUAAGGCCAUCUUCCAAAGUUAUCAUCAAGUUUCUUCUUGUUAUGCAGAAGCAUGGAUACAUUGGGGAAUUUGAGUACGUUGAUGAUCAUAGGUCAGGGAAAAUUGUUGUUGAACUGAAUGGGAGACUGAACAAAUGUGGUGUCAUUAGUCCCCGUUUUGAUGUGGGUGUCAAGGAGAUUGAAGGUUGGACUGCAAGGUUGCUACCCUCAAGACAGUUUGGAUUCAUUGUGUUGACAACAUCUGCGGGAAUCAUGGAUCAUGAAGAGGCCAGAAGAAAGAACGUUGGUGGUAAAGUGCUUGGCUUCUUCUACUAAGCAAUGACGUGAGAUUUAUUUCUUCAUUCGGUAUUUUCUGCACCUUUGAACUUAAAUGGGAAGCAGUAGAGAGUCCUGUUUUGUUUUAGUUGCCGUUUUGGUUAGUGGGAGGAUACAGGAUUUGGCCUGCAUUCUUUUUGAAGACGUUGAUAUUGUUUAAUGAGCCUUUUCUUAAUCUAUUAGUUCUAUUUGUUUACCAUACUGAAAACUGAAAUUGUUGUAGUUGGUCAAGCUUCUGAAUUGAUUGCAAUUUUCUCGAACCA